AUAAACUUGCAUAUAAAAAUCAAACAAAUAUCUAUUAAAGAUUAUAGUUUCAUUAAAGGUAUAUAUGUCAAAUAAUUCAAAUAUCUGACUUAAAUAUUUUCAAAUGAUAACUGCAAUUAAUAUGACUUACAUAUUUUAAUUCUAAACUUAUAGAAUUUAUGAAAAUGGAGAUUAAUCAAACCACUGUAGAAUCAGUUUUAUUAUCAUCGUCCAGUAUUUCACCAUGCUCUGCAAAUGAAAUUGCUAUAAGACCAGGUGACUGCGUCGAAAGAGGUGUCGAAGGAUGGCUUGAGGAUGAAACCUUAGCAGGAUUUCGCGUUUGGCAUUUAGCAGGAAUAAUUUUAUCUAUUUUACUUAGCAUAAUUAUUGGAUUAUGCUGUUGUAUUCGAUUCAGAGUACCAAGAACAAAACAGGAAAUAGAAGAGGAUUAUAUUAGAAGAAAAAUAACAAGAACUUUUAGAGAGGAGUUAUCCAAACUAAAUUUUUCAGAAAUAGAUGAAAUGCAUUUACGAUUAGUAGACGUAAUACGUAAUGAAGUUAAUGCACUAGUAUGCGGAUUGCAGAAGGAGGAUGAAAAAAAUGCAAAUGGCAAACCCGAAGAAAGUGUACAAACACGGUUUAAUACUUUGUUUACUGGUAACCGUGACCAUCUUGGUAAUAGGUGGUAAAUGGAAGCACACUGAUAGUAAUAACAAUUUAGAAUUUUUAAAAUAAGUGACAUUAUAAUUUAGCGACACUUAUUUUCAUUACUUUACUGAAUAAAUAUAAGCUUAUUUUUAUGAAGAAAUAUCAAUUGUAAUAUAUUAAAUAAAUAUUCAAAAAGUGCAAUAUAUUUUUGGGAGUGAACAAGCCAACUCCAGUAAAAAUAAGUUGACUAAAUAUAAGCUUUAUUUUAUAGAUAUAGUACACAAAUUAUAUUACCUUGCAUGCAACAGUAAUUUAUAGUCAUAGAUUAUGUAAUUCAGAGCAUUCAAUGAUACUAUGAUGUAUAUUAUCUACAAUAGUAUGUCUAUGUGUGUGUAUAUAUUUAACAUUAUUAUAUUAUUAAUCGGUUGCUUUCAUUACAAAAUUAAAUCUAUUUAAAUUUUUUAAAGUAAACUCAAUUUAUAUACGUGCUAUAUUAUGCAUAGUCAUAAAUAAAUUUUAUCUAAAAGGCGAAGUGAUCACAGUAAGUAUUAUAAGUCAUAUAUAUAUAUGUAUUUAUAUAUAUAUAUAUUUCCGUUACGAUUGUUAAUACAUUUACUUUGUCCAAUUCUGCAUGUAAUUUUCGAAAGUGUUUAUAAUUUCUACUUCAUUAUUUCAUAACAAAUUUCAUAUUUCUGUGCAUUGAGAGAAAAACUUGAAAUAAGAUUGAAUUUUAUAAUACAGGAUGAUUUAACAGGGGCAUCUACAAAUUCACAAGCAUAUGUGCAUCGCAAUUAAGAAAAAAGUUCUAAAUUAGUAAUGACUACGGAAAAGUAUAGGUCACGUAUGUUCUAUAAUAGACUUAAAAAUUAACUAUUAGUAAUGAUUCGGUAUAUUAAUUUUGAACUUUUAGAAUUUUCAUUAGGACUUUUGUCUUAGUUUUGAUGUGUUGAAUGCGCUAGUAAAUUUUUUAACAACCCUUUAAAAUUAAUCUGUAUAAUUUUAUUAAGAAUAUCCAGACUUUAUC